AAAGACGAAAUAGAAGUAUAAAACAAAAACCUCGCCUGCUUCGUGCAACGAUUUCACCAGGAGGCGUCACCUAUAAAGAUAGACUCGAGGGCGUCUUCACGAGGGUGGAUGUCGUAACCUUCGACUUUCCUAAAAGCUUUCGAAAAUAAAUCCCAUUAAAAAUUUUUUAAACAUUACAAGAUUAUUGCAAGUACACGCCGGCAUUAAAGUGCUCGCGCAGCAAACUUUCCUGCUGCGAGGUUGUUGGACUAUCAACUCUUCAACGCCCCGCCGCCGCCACUUUUGCAGCCGUUGUCCUCUUAAAACCUAAUUAUUACUGGCGGUAUGCGCUGUUUUUUGUUCCGCGUCACUGUAUUCCUAGAUUGGCGUACCCUGAUAUCAUUAGGUGGCCAGCGCAGAUAAUGCGAGGUGAUAUAUGGGUUUUUAAUGGUUCAAGAAAACAGGAUAAAGCUUAAAUAAAAAAACAUGACUUUGGCAAAUUUUUUGCUUAUGUACCUCUGGUGGUCGAUCGCGUGCCGAGUGACGCCCACCUUACAAGACUCAUCAUACGCCGAGGAGAAGCGAGACGGCGCCAUCCCCGUGGUAGAUGUAGAAAUGGUAUCGCCUCAAAGGUGGCAAGCGUACAGAAAAGGCCUCGAAAACUUGAAACGUGAAUUAUCAUUUAUUGUAGAUAAAGAAUUAGAACGGGAGCGUAAACGUCUUUUCGCUGCUGAAGAUGACCGCCUGGCGCGCGUAAUCAAAAGCUCAAGUAUGCAGCUGAAGCAUUUUGGCCGAAAGGGGCGACCUGCAACUUUAGACGCGCGCGCAUAGCGGAAGGUCAUGAGGUCAGGUGGCUGUGCCGCCAGACUCAUAGUGGUCAUGCGCCGCCCACGUCUGUGUACAUGAAUCAGUGUAACACCGAUGGUAGUCACUUGAGAACGGCA